AUGAAAAGUCGCACAUGUACGCUUGCAGCUGGGAUCCUGAAGUUUGCAUUCAACGCCGUCAUAGCAGGGGCAGUGCUCAGUCUCAACUUCGAUGCUGCCGAUGGGGCGAACAUAACGGACUUUUUCACCGAUGGCGGUUCAGCGCUCCUAAACGCGUUGCCCCUAACCAAAGAGGCAUUUCACACCUACAAAGCUGCAGAAGAUGCCGAUGACGCUGCUAAAGCUGCCAGGCUUGCAGCAGUGGAGGCCCAGCUUCAGGCCUUCCAGGCUGAAAUUGACCUCCUAAAGCGCCAGGUCAACAAUGGGAGCUCGGCUUCACUGGAGACACAGGGCUGCGCGGUGAUACCGGCGCAACUGGCUUUACUGGAGAGACAGGCGCAAGUGGCGGCGCUGGGGCGACUGGAGCAAAGGGGGACACAGGUGGAACUGGCCUCGCAGGAGAUACCGGUCCCACAGGCGCCACCGGCCAAUGCGCGUAAUUAUAUCCUCGUGCUGGCAAAGUCUGUCUCACGCACUGUACCUCCUUCCUUCAUGCCGAUGACCACUAUCUCACGCCUUGUUGCUGAUGCCAGCCUCAUACAACCGUUCCUGUACGACUUUGGCGACGUGACAUUCACAAACGCCGGGGCGGGCGGCCGCUCCGGGCCCACGCUGCAGCAGGUCCAAACCACCUUCGCAGCCUCUGGCGCAGACCCCUGGACGCAAAACCAGGAGUACCUGGACGUCAUCAAUGGGGUUCAGAUCUGGACGGUGCCCCAGAGCGGCCGCUACAACAUCAGCGUCGGCGGCGCGGCCGGCGGCGGAAACCUCCGAUUGCCGGCCGGCCUAGGCGCCGUCGUGAGCGCCCAGGUGCGCCUUGCAUGCGGCUCCAAGGUCGCCAUCAUCGUUGGCCAGACCGGCCUGCCCGUAGGCCCGGGCACCGGCGCAUGCGGCGGUGGCGGUGGCGCAACAUUCUUCCUCUACCCAAACUCCACCACGCCGUUGGUCAUCGCCGGCGGCGGCGCCUCGCUGACGGCAGGCGGCCAGCCCGGGCAGGCCGGGCAGCCCGGUCUGGGAGGGAACGGCGGCGGCGGAGGAACAGGCGCCGGCGGCGGCGGCGGCACCGUUGGCGUCACCGGCUCGGAAACGUACCUGGGUGGCAUUACAACCGGACUCACCUCCUCUUUCGGCGGCUUUGGAGCGGGCGGCAGCGCGGGAGACGGCGCCCCUUGCGGCGGGGGCGGCGGCGCCGGCUAUCUGGCGCAGCUGGCCGCAGCCGCCGGCAAUGGCUUUGUCACCGUGGUGCUCCUGUGA